GCGUGAUGGGCAACGAGUACACGACAGCGGAUGACCUGGUGGGCGGCAUCAAUGAGCCCGUCAAUGACGACACCUUCAUCCCGCUCACCGAGGAGGAGCUGGCCAACCUGCCGGAUGCUGACGCGCUCAAGGAGGAAUACACCGGCGAAGGCUUCACUGGCAGUGAGUCGGACUCCGCCUCAGCCUCCUCCACCCCAGAGCCCGCCACACCCUCGGAGCCGGCCUCCUCCCCGCCACCAAGCGCGGGCACCACAGUGCAGGCGGGCCUGGCGGCGCUUGGCAGUGUGCUGGUGGGCCUGCUGCUGCUCUCCUGAGCCAGGGCACCUGCGCUGCUUGGCAAGUGGGUCUCGGUCGAUUGGCGACAGCAGCACCGUAUGCCGCCAGUGCCUCGACUUGUUUGGGCUGCCGCACCUGCACCGCACGCACACCUCGGCGCACACUGUGCCCCCCUCGCUCCGUCUUCUAUCCCCUGAACGCGUGGUGCUAACCAAUUACUAAGUACCAGAGGCCUAUCACAGCAAGCUUGCUCAAAAAGCUCGGGGCUGACGGCAGCAGGGCAGCGGCAGCAAAGCAGGCGACAGCGGCAGCAGCAAGCAGAGCGGCAGGCAGGACCGUCCUGCCUAUGUGACAGAGGGCUGAGCGAACUUCCAAAAGCUGAACUCUUCUCCCGUCAUCGAUCUCUCACUCAGCUUGAGUAGAUAAGUAACACUAGGGGUC